CCAUGGGCGGAACUGUGACUCUUCUGGUACUGAGACAGGAGGAGGCCUUUCUACCCAGAGAGAUAAACACAGAACCAGCAAUGCAGAACACAAGAGAAUGGAAGGUAGAAGACGAGGAGUUGGUCUUAACCCCAGACGGGACGCGUGAGUUCCUGACGCUGGAAGUGCCUCUGAGUGAUUCUGGCUCGGCAGGAUUAGGAGUCAGUGUCAAGGGUAACAGAUCAAAGGAGGGCCACGCUGACCUGGGCAUCUUCGUCAAGUCUAUUAUUAAUGGAGGAGCAGCAUGCAAGGACGGAAGGCUGCGAGUCAACGAUCAGCUAAUCGCAGUCAAUGGGGAGUCGUUGUUAGGGAAGACAAACCAGGACGCCAUGGAAAUGCUGCGCAAGUCCAUGUCAACGGAGGGCAACAAGCGAGGGAUGAUUCAGCUGAUUGUGGCAAGACGAAUCAACAAACGCCUUGAGGGUGAGAGCCGAUGCAGUCCUCGAGGGUUAGAGCGGACCCUGAGCCCGUCUCCUGAUGACCACGAGCGGCGGAUCUCACACUCGCUAUAUGGAAUCGAGGGGCUUGAUGACAACCUGAGGCCACAAGCCAACACAAAUAAUCGUAAAAUGAAUCAUUAUCAGCUCUCGCCGACAGUGAACAUGCCUCAGGAUGACAUGGUCAUAAUUGAAGACGACAGGCCACAUGUUCUCCCCACCCAGCUGUCUGACCAAUCGUCAUCCAGUUCUCAUGAUGACAUAGGCUUCGCUGUGGAGACGCCUCCGCCGCCACCCUGGAACCAAGAGCUUCCCAACAGCACUUCCAGUGCUAUUGACGAGGGGGUGUUUCAGAGGGAAGGCUUUGGCAGGCAAAGCAUGUCUGAGAAACGCACCAAGCAGUAUGGAGACGCGAGCCAACUUGACAUCAUCAAGACCCGCAAGUCCAAGAGCAUGGACCUAGUGGCUGAUGAGAUUAACCUCACACACUACACAGAAAACCACCCAGGCUCUUCCUCACAUGAUGUUGGCCCGUCUCUCGGCCUAAAGAAGUCUAGCUCUCUGGAAAGUUUACAGACUGCCGUCGCUGAGGUGACGCUCAACGGUGACAUGCCUUUUCACCGGCCACGGCCACGCAUCAUACGGGGGCGGGGCUGCAACGAGAGCUUCCGAGCUGCGAUUGAUAAAUCGUACGACAGGCCAACAGCCAAUGAGGAUGAAGAGGAAUGCAUGGAUACAUUGGAGGAGGACACUGAAGGAAGCUCUCGAUCGGGGCGGGAUUCGGUUUCCACGGUAGCUGAUCUCACUCCGCUUCCCGUCACCGAGCAACAGCUGAUCAAUGGCAACCAGCCUCAAAACGAGAAGAAGAAAGAAAAAGGGGGGAAGGACAAAAAGAAGCCAGAGAAAGAGAAGGGUAAAACAAAGAAAGGAAUGCUCAAGGGUCUUGGAGAGAUGUUAAGGUUCGGGAAAUACCGAAAGGACGAGCGUCUGGAUGGUCCGAAGUGCAAGGCAGAGGAAACUCAUGCAUCGGAGGAAGAGACAUGCAGAAUGAGACAAGAACAAGAGAGGAUCCAGGCUAAAAUGCGAGAGAUUCGUCAGCGUCAGGCCAGAGAGCGAGACUAUGCGGAGAUCCAAGACUUCAGCCGGUCUACCCUGACCUCACUUCCUCCUGAAGAGCCCCCAUACGCCGGCAUAGGCUCACUGGAACACGGCGGGUACCAUCGGAUCCACACACCUCCAGACUCACCGUACACAGACAAACAGAACGCCCGCAACGGACACCCCUCUACAUCAGACAGGCUGACGCCCAGCAACCACGACCGAAUCCAGCGCUUACGCCAGGAGUUCCAGCAGGUCCAGCAGGAAGAGGCGGAGCCAGAUGAUCGCCACCGCUCCUACAGCUUGGAGCAGCCCUGGUCCAACUGCAGCUCUCAGACAUCAUCUGGCCGUCAUUCAGUGUCUGUGGAGGUGCAGUUACAGAGGCAGGAAGCCAGAGAUGCUUUCACACAUGCUCAGAGACAGUACAGCUCUCUGCCACGCCACCCUCGUAAGACGCCCACCCCGGCCUCAGAGAGCGAGUGGGAGAGGAAGUGUCCGGCCGGAGACGGUUUCCAGGCAGCUAAAGACAGCGGCCGUUACUCCAGCUACCAGGGACCUCGUGCUGUCCCGCGCACCGUUCCUCGUCCUGGCUGCAGGAAUGGCCUCUCCGCUCCCCCAGGAUCCAGCGCUUCCUCAGUGGGUGGUGGCUACAAUGCACGUGUCCUCCUGGAGGCCCAGGAGCUCCUGCGACAGGAACAGAGACGCAGGGAACAGGAAAUGAAAGGAAGAGCCCCGUCAAUUCGAUUGGACUACGAAUCCCAGGAUUCCAAAGGACCCCACAGACAGGACGUCCCACCUUCCCCUUCGCAGGUUGUCCGGCUCAGCCGCAUACACACACCUGAGAAAACACGCCCGUUUUUGUCAUGAGAUAAAAGAAGCAAAAGAUUUUUCAAAGAGGCAAAAGGCUCACAGAUACAAAUGUUUAUUUGUGUGCAAGUUGUACACAGACUCCCAGAGUGCCUUUUCUUUGAGGUCACAGUGGUCCCGCCAAAUCUGACAGCUCAUUGGUGCAUCCAGAGGCAAGAAGUCUCUUGAUUCGCUGUGAAGACCUUCAAGCUCUGACAAUCAGCCGGACACUGACCUGUUCCUCUG